AGAUUCACGUUAUUCGAUUAUAACUAAUUUCACGUAUUACGUGUACGAAACUGAACAUAACAAAUUUGUCGUGAUGUGGGUAAUCAUUAAAUUUAGAUAACGCAUAGUAAUGAACAAUAUGUGAUGAUAGAUUAUAGACGUGGAGAAUCUAGAAAAAAAAUUGGUCCUUAGGUGUACAGAAGAUCAUAAUAAUACACCAAUGGCCUAUCAAACUUUCCGGCAGGAGUACAUGCAAAUACCUGUGGUGACACGAGCUUAUACAACAGCUUGUGUCAUCACGACUCUUGCUGUGCAACUAGAUUUGGUAUCUCCAUUUCGGUUGUAUUUUAAUCCCACAUUAAUCAUUGAACAGUAUCAGUUAUGGAGAUUAAUCACUACAUUUUUAUUUCUUGGAAAUAUGGGUUUCAAUUUUCUUUUCAAUAUGAUUUUUACUUAUCGAUAUUGUCGAAUGUUAGAGGAAGGAUCAUUUCGUAGAAGAACAGCUGAUUUUGUAAUGAUGUUCAUUUUUGGAGGUAUAUGUAUGAUUACAUUUGCAUUUUUUGUUAAUUUGUUAUUUCUGGGCCAUGCACUUACAAUUAUGUUGGUUUAUGUUUGGUCCAGAAGAAAUCCAUUUGUUAGAUUAAACUUUUUUGGACUUUUAAAUUUUCAAGCACCAUAUUUACCAUGGGUGCUCCUUGGGUUCUCUGUACUUCUUGGUAAUACAAUUUGGGUAGAUUUAGUUGGGAUGGCUGUGGGACACAUGUAUUAUUUUGCAGAAGAUGUAUUUCCGCGUUUACGAGGAGGUUUUCGUGUUCUUAAAACUCCACAAAUAUUAAAAACUUUAUUUGACGCACAUCCAGAAGAUCCAGAUUAUACUCCACCUCCUGAAGAUCGUCCUGGUGGAUUUAAUUGGGGUCAAGAAGCCAAUAUGCAAUGAUUCUAAAGUCAAGGUUCUGCUUCCAAAUCAUCUCUUACCAAUUGGCAUAUCAAGUAAACUUUUAUAUUGCUACAUACGCAACAUUGUUCCUUAAUUUUUCAAAUUACUAACAAAAAUACCAAAUAUUUGCAGCCUUGAUAUUAUGUAAAAUGUAAUGAGAAACUUAUAACAAAGAUAAGACUUCUAAUUUUUUACAGGGGUUACAAUUUUUCAGAGAAAAAUUUCCGUAUUAAAUGUAAUAGUUGUAUCUAUUUCAAAAUAUAUUAUGCAAAUAAUACAUAUUAAUGAAAACAGUAUUUCUCAGAUAAUCGACUAUUGUGAUACAUUUAUAAUGCUCACGAUUUUCCGAGAAUACGAAAGAGUUUCAUACUCAUAACACAUUUAUUAAAAAUGAAAUAUUUUAAAAUAUAUUCUUCUAUUUAUUAAAAUAGAUUGUAACAAAUAUAUUAUAAUUUUCAAAAUAACUAUAUAGUACAAAAUUAAAAAUACCUUUAAAAUAAAAUUAUAUUUUUUAUUUAUAAGUCUUAAUCUAUGUUUUCUUUUAAAAUUCAUUCUAGUAAAUAUUUUAUUUAUCAUAAGAUUUGUUCAAAUAUUGUUUUCGCAAUUAUAUUGUACACAUAUAAAUUUUUACUACAAUCUUGUGCCUCAUACAAUGUAAAAUUUUAACUAAACAUAGAAAAUUACAAUUUCUACAUUCAUGCUGUAUAACAUUUGGUUAAACAAAAAAAAAAACUCAUAAUAAAAUAUAUAAUACUAUUUUUAAUGUUUGCAGAAGCAUAAAAUUGAAACCCCUGAUUCUAAAAGAUUCUAUUGUAAAAAUCUUACAUAAUCGUAUGAUGUAAAUACUUUUAUUUAUUCUCCUAUUAUAAAUAAUCCCUAAUCUUUUUUAAUUAUAUAAUACAUUUUAUACCAUUUCUAUUAAAGAAUAUAUAAUAUUGUAAAUAAUAGGAUACAUCACAGUUUUUUUAAGGGCAUUUUAAAAAUAAUGUUACAAGAUAUACAGUGUUAUGUAAUUUCAUAAUCAGAGAAGAUUUAAGCAUGAAACCGUAUUUUUUUUCUUUAUAAGUAUGAAUGAAAAAUAUAUUAAUAAAUUAUAAAAUAUUAGACUAUAUAGUUUGUAGAUGAAUGUAUUUUUUUUUCUUUUUUUUAUAGUAAAAUAAUUAUUAUUGCUUAGUUUGAUAUAUCAUGUUAUAUGUUACACUGUGAUGUAUUCAUAUUAUCUAUCAAAUGAUUGCAUUCUAAUAUAAAACAAAUUUGUCAAAUUUAUUGUGACAAAUUGUACGUCGGCAAAAAGCCAAAGUGUUAUAAAGAAUUUCCACUUGAACGAUUAUGUAUGACUUACUAGAUAGUAGUUAAAACUGUGAGAGAUUUUUGAGUGUAAUUUGCAUCUUUUUGGAAAAUCGGCACGAUAUAUAUUGAUAAAAUUGAUGUCAUUAUUGUAAAAUAUAACUUAUAUAAGUUUUUGGUAAUAGUUUUCAUAUAUUCCAAAAAAAACGCAGUUAAUAUACUGAAGACUAACAAUUUUAACUGCAAGAAUUCUGGCAAUGAAAGCCUUGGAAAUUUAACUAGAUAAUAGCUCUUUUGUAAAUAUUAGGUAAAAAUGUUAUUUAUAUGACCAUUACGAUUAAAUAAAAUGGUUCAAUUUAGUUU